AUGGAAGCACACGGCAUACGUAUUGUUGAGAUUGAUGGAGUUUCUAUUUUAACACACGACGGAAAUAUUCUUAACCCGUUUUCCGAGAGAUUUACGCAGAGAUAUUUAACGAAUAUUGUAGGUUGUUCCAGCCUCCGUGAAGACAUUCUAUCAACAAUCAAUAACCACUUCGACAACCACUCAAAAGACCAUUAUGCACGCAAAAGUGUUGUAUCUGUCGGUUCCUCGUCUGAAAUAGCAGGAAUCAAGGAAUCUAAACUAAAUGUGUGCAAAAUUUGCUUUAACCAUUGUGCCCAGGACUACAUCAAUCAGCAUCUCAGAAAAGAGCAUGGCAUUAGGAGGAAUUUCCAACAGCACGUCUUCAGAACAACCGGGUAUACAAUUCCCAACCAAAAGUGCGGCUUUUCCUAUUUAUACCGCGAGAAAGAAAGCACCAAACCACCAACGUCCAUGACAACCAUCGAAGGUCCGCAUACACAUCGCCGACACGAGGACAAGUUUCUCCGCACAAUCAACGCGGACUUAUAUUAUGGAAAGGGGUACCCGCAGUAUCUAUACGGCGAAAACAAGGAAGAGAGCAUACCCGUUUUUGAGACUGUCAAGAAGUAUAUUCUCCAAGACAGACCGCAUUUGAAGGGCACGCAUCCUAUUUACAACCGGAUGUUGCGAGAGGGUAUAUUAAAGGUGCCAGUUCUAUUUACGACACAGGUGAUAUAUGCAAACUACGCCAGUCGCUUUUUCUACACGUUUGCAAAGUUAUGCGAUAACCGAAUCAUCGAGGAAGUGGUGACGAAUCCCACGGACGAAGUGGUGAAGCGAGCGGUGAUGGAGACGAUCGAGAGGCAUAUUGUGGUGGAAGAAGACAAAACGGAAAAGUUUAUGAAAGCCGUGAUUAUCUCGUUGAUGCUUCCCGAUGACAGGUUUGCGCAGUCGAAGGUGCGGGCCAAAAUCCUCGAUGGCAUCAACUAUUUCUUGAAGUUAGCCAUAUCAGACUAUAUGUUGAUGAGAAACAACGCCAAGGAGAUUAUAAAAAACUGGGAGAAUCUAGCAUACCAGGCAUUUGAGUCCACACGGUCAUACAACCAUAAAUUCAAUAGGACGUUGCCGGCUUUCCAGACGAUAGUCGACCAGCAGAAUAACCGAAAGGUGAUGAUCGGGUCGGUUAGGUUCAGCACUCCUGACCUCGGCAAGUUGGUUAGAUGUUUGGUUCGGGAGUACCAUACCACGGUUCGAAACUUGCUACCGGACGGGAUGUUGAUGGUGGACGAGGUAUACGAGGAGUUUCGAAAGCACGCAAAAGAUAUGUUCAGCUGCACGGAUUUAGGGUAUAGUGUUUUCUAUGGAACCAACGAACUCAACAAGCUCUCGUAUCAGCAGCGACGUACGUACGCGGAAGCCAUCGGUGAUAAAUGGAAGGAUCAAAAAUAUAUGAGAAGCAAGUUUGACCAGUUCACCAGGCUCAACUUGAAUCUCUUUGUGUGCAUCUUGAUCACCUGUGGCAGUCCAUUCCGGGUGACGGAAUUGCUCACGUUGACGUUUGCCAACCCGAUGGAUUUGGUGCGUACGAUGUAUUAUUCCAACGGGCAUAUUCAAAUUAAUCUUCUCUAUAAUAAGAAUACGCAUAGCAGUAUGCGAUAUUCGAACCAUACCAAGAUGUUGCCGAUUGAGGUUUCCAAAAUAGUGGUCCAUUACGUCUCUAUCAUCAAAUAUUUGGAGGUUGCAAUCGUGGAGGAGCAUGGAUGGGCAAAGUCCAAAAGCGAUAUGAGCGUGUCUGACAAUUGGGAAGACGACGAUGAAUUUGACGAGACGGACGGAAGUGAUCUGGAAGACGAGGCCAGCUUGUUGGCGCCCAGGGCGUUAACGAAGAAAGAUGAGAUAAAGACGCUCUUGUUCAUGUAUAAGCUCGGGCCGAGAAACGGGGGCCAGGUGUUCAAGUAUUUGGAGCUGGUGAGCGAAAAGUAUAUCAAGGAGAAGUAUACGCCCAGAAUUUUACGGCAGGCGUUGGUCUAUUUUACGCGGACGCUCUUGGGAGAAGCAAAGCACCAGGGAGUUGGGAUCCUUAAUCGGAUUGAUUCCAUUGCAGGGCAUAGGUCAGAGACCGCCGAUUUGCAAUACGGAGUUACGCAUAGCAAUAUGUAUCUUCCUAGCGCGGCCAGAAAUAAUAUCGAUAUCCAAAUCUCAUUUGCAUGGCAUAAGAUCUUGGAGUUGGAAGAUAAGGAGGUGAAGGACGAGCCUGGCCCCAGCAAUAGGCAGGAGUUGAAGAAGCUUCUUUCGAUGGUUGACGAGGGCAAAGAAGAAAUAGAAGAAGUUGGACGAAGGCUAUAUGGUAAUUUCAAGUUUGGAUCGAUGAGCCAGGUGCAUACGGUGUACGACGCAUUUCAUAGCGUUAAGGAUCUUAUGGUGAUUAGUCCGACGGGAUCGGGUAAGAGCAAUGCAUAUAAGAUGCCUAUUUUGAUGGAGAGGAAGUUGCAGCUUCCGUUUGUCAGUUUCAUCAUCUGUCCUUUCAUCAGUUUGCUUGAAGACGUAAAGGUAAAGUUGAAGGAACUCGGGGAGCUAGAGGUGGAGAUAUUCGAUAGCGAUAUGGUUCACGAAUAUUAUAACAAUUGUGAUAUAAUUGUGCUUCAGUUGGAGAAGGUGCUGGAUGCAGCCGGGCUAGUCCGAUAUUUUGAGGCGGGAUCGGUCUUUCGAAGACUACGGCUGCUAAUCAUGGAUGAGGCCCAUGCAUUGAUUGAGCAUCGGGAGUUUCGAGGCCCGUCUGUUUUGCGGGUGCGCGAUGUAUUUGGGGAAAAUAUUCCCAAGCUAUUUCUAACGGCGACGUUUCCCAAGGCCAUGGAAAGGGAAUUAUGCCCGAUGUUUGGUAUAUCGGAUUGGCGCGUGCAUCGUGAAGAGACGAUCAGAAAGAAUAUUGAGCAUGUUGUUGUACGGGAGCAUGUCAUGAAAGCGUGA